UGAAUAUAUUAUACCGAAUUACCGACUAUAUUAAUAAGACCUUCACAUCAUAAACAUAAAAAUUUAUCCUCGUUCUAGCUACCCUGAAACUUUUUCCUCUCACAAAAUGGCUGAGGUUCAAGACACACACAUGAAACAGGGCAUCAAGCUCUUUGGAGCAACAAUAAUUACAGUUGAUGAAGAGAAGAAACCAAACGGCAAAGAUGAUGAAGCUAAAAGACUUGCAGUAGAACAACACAAGAGGCCCGACAAGGUGAUUCCCUGCCCUAGAUGCAACAGCAUGGAGACCAAGUUCUGUUACUUCAACAACUACAACGUUAACCAGCCCAGGCACUUCUGCAAAGGUUGCCAGAGGUACUGGACCGCCGGUGGAGCUCUCCGGAACGUCCCCGUCGGGGCCGGUCGCCGGAAAAACAAACCCCCGUGUCCUGUGAUUAAUGGGUUGUCGGAGGCCUGCUUGUAUGAUGCCUCCGGGCUUCUUCGCCAUAUUGAUUUCGAUGGGACGACGACGAUGACGGUGGACGAGUGGCGCACAGCGGAGCAAGGCGGCUUCCAUCUUCUCUCCGGGAAGAGAAGCAAGAUCUCCGCUACUCAUUAAUAGCCCAUCCUUGUUAAUUCCCCCAUUUCUACUGUAGCUCAUUAAAUUUUACUCCACUGUUAUUAGUUGUAAUAAUAUCUAUAUACAUUAAUGUUUAGA